GAAUAAGAGGCCUGAGGCAGCCCACUCCCGCUCAGGACCUCAGGAGGACUGUGUUGACCAUGGCCUGGGCCCCUCUCCUGCUGCUUCUCUCUCAAUUCUCAGGUUCCCUCUCCCAGCCUGUGCUGACUCAGCCGCCCUCCCUCUCUGCAUCUCAGGGAGCAUCAGCCAGACUCUCCUGCACCCUGAGCAGUGGCUUCAGUGCUGAUCUCUACUGGAUAUACUGGUACCAGCAUAAGCCAGGGAGCCCUCCCCGGUAUCUCCUGAGCCUCUACCAAAAUUCACUUCAUGACCUGGGCUCCGGGGUCCCCAGGCGCAUCUCUGGAUUGAUGGAAGACUGGUCCAAUAAAGGGCUCUUGCUCAUAUCUGAUCUCCAGCCUGAGGAUGAGGCUGACUAUUACUGUAUGAUUGAGCACGGCAGAGCUUCUCACGCUGACACACGCAGGUGGGGAAGUGGGACAAAACCUCAGCCUGCUCAGAGUCUUGUUCUCUGAUGAUGUUUAAAUCUUAUAAUAACUUACAUAACUUGAGUGGGAUGAGUGAGAUAUCCUGAGCUCACAGGAACUGUCGAUGAAAAGAGUCGAGCUCUGUAAAAUAUUUGAAGAGAUUUAUUCCAAGCCAAAUAUCAGUGACCAAUGGCCCACAAC